UAGUAAUAUCUAUCAUUCAUUCAUAAUUUUCAGUAUUCUGAUAGAUCAACACAAAAUUGUGUCCUGUUAUUCAAAAGCAUUUUUUAUUUUUGAAAAUUGACUUAUUAAAUGUUUUUGGGCAGAAUAAAUUGUAAACCAAUAUUUCAAAAAUGGCUUGCGGCUCAUUAUCACAUAAUGUGCUUAUUUCGGAACUCGAACAAAUUAUGAACAUUUUGGAACGAGGCACAAUUGUUACAAGAUUCUAUUUGAAGAAGCGGCCUGAGAAAAGAACAUUGAGACUACGCAAGGAAACACGACAGAUUCUAUGGUCCAGGACUAGUAGUAACAACAAUAAGACCUUUGACGGCUCUUUGGACCUUAAAGAUGCCAAAGAAGUACGCUGUGGUAGAAAUAGUAAAGAAUUUGAUAGAUGGCCUGAUGAAUUAAAGAAAUUUGAAGCGACCAAAUGCUUUGUCAUAUUUUAUGGCAACGAAUUCAAAUUGAAAACUCUGUCUGUUGUUGCAUUAUCGGAACAAGAAUGUGAAUUAUGGCUCAAAGGUUUAUAUCAUCUUGUAAAUGAUACUGUUUGUGCUCCAUAUCCAUUGCAAGUUGAAAGAUGGCUACGUAAAGAAUUUUAUACUAUGGAAAAUUCAAGGGAAACAGUGACAUUGAAAGAUGUAAAAUCUUUUUUUCCUCGUGUUCAUUGUAAAAUAUCUACGAGUAAACUACGAGAGUUGUUUCAAGAAGUUGAUACCAGGAAGCGUAAUGAGCUUAAUUUUGAUGAGUUUGUCUCUCUCUAUAAUAAACUUAUCUAUAAUUCAGGGAUUUUCAAUGAAUGUUUUUCAAUGUAUUGUUCAGCUGAUGAUACAUUCAAUGUUCAAAAUCUUACUAGAUUUCUGAACGCUGAACAAGAAAGUUUAUGUCUUGAAGAAGAACUUGUUGCUAAACACAUGAAAGAAUACUUCAAGUAUUGUGGAAAAGAUUCAAAUGAUAAACUACAAUUUACUGCAACUGAUUUUAUGGAUUAUUUGUUUUCAAAACAAAAUGAGAUAUGGGAUCAGUAUUAUGACAAUAUAUUUCAGAACAUGACAAAACCACUUUCACAUUAUUGGAUAGCAUCUUCUCAUAAUACCUAUUUAACUGGUGAUCAAGUAUCUAGUGAAAGUUCAAUUGAGGCAUAUGUAAGGUGUUUACGCUGGGGAUGUCGCUGUAUUGAGUUAGAUUGUUGGGAUGGACCAGACGGACUGCCAAUAAUAUACCAUGGGCAUACAUUAACCAGUCGUAUAAAAUUUUUAGAUGUCCUAAAAACAAUUAAAGAACAUGCUUUUAUUGCUUCCCCGUAUCCAGUUAUUUUAUCAAUAGAAGACAAUUGUUCAAUACCACAACAGCGAAAUAUGGCAUCAACUAUGAUUGAAGUAUUAGGAGAUAUGUUAGUUACACAACCAGUUGACAGGAAUGAAACUAAAAUGCCUUCACCUGAUCAACUUAUGUAUAAGUUCAUAAUAAAACAUAAAAGACUUCCAGAUAAAGUUAAUGGAGACCAAGCUGUCACAAUUAGACAUCACGAUGAUGUUUUGUUUGUAGCUAAGGACACUGAUUUAAGGAAUACAAAAAAAAAUGGAGUACUUUAUCUAGAAGAUAUGCUGGAAAAAGAAUGGAGACCUCAUUUUUUUGUACUUUCUGGUAAUAAACUUUAUUAUACAGAUCUCUGUAAAACAGAUAUUGAUAAUGAAGAUGAAGUAGAAGGAGGAGAGUUGGAAACUUGUGAAAUAUCUAAUGCAAAUCGAUUAAGAGAAGGUAUACCUAAUGAUGAAUUACAUUUUGGAGAAUACUGGUUUCAUGGAAAAUUAGCUCGUGGUAGAAAUGAAGCUGAAGAACUAUUGAAACAGUAUCAGCAUUUUGGAGCUGGUACAUUUUUAGUAAGACAAAGUGAUACAUUCAUUGGUGAUUAUUCCCUAUCAUUCUGGCAUUUAGGUAAAGUAAACCAUUGCAGAAUACGUUCAAAGCAUGAUAGAGGUCAAAUUAAGUAUUAUUUGAUUGAUGGUGCUACAUUUGACAGUCUAUAUAGUUUGAUAACUUAUUAUCGUACAUAUCCAUUACGUAUACAAGAGAGCUAUAUUAUUUUGAAUGAACCUGUACCUCAACCUUUAAAGCAUGAAGGGAUGAAUUGGUAUCUUCCUCAUGUUUGUAGGAGUCGAGCAGAGGCAUUAUUACGACGAGUACCACAAGAAGGUGCAUUUUUGGUGCGACCAUGUGAAAAUGAUAAACAUCUUUAUGCCAUUUCAUUUAGAGCUGAAAAGAAAAUUAAACAUUGUCGCAUUAAGCUUGAGGGUCGAUUGUACACUAUUGGUGUAAAGCAGUUCGAAAGCUUAGUGGAGCUUAUAAAGUAUUACGAACAAAAUUAUUUAUACAAAAAAAUUAAACUAUGGUUUCCUGUAAAUGAAGAUAUUGUACAAAGAAUGGGAACUGAUAUCGACGAUUCUUCCAUUUCGUGUACACCUGGUUAUAUGGAUCCGAGUAGUUUUAUCAAGAAGGUUACUGUAAAAGCAACAUUUGAUUAUGAGGGCCGACAAGAUGAUGAAUUAUCAUUUUGUAAACAUGCUGUAAUUACAAAUGUAGUGAAGCAGGACAGUGGUUGGUGGCGUGGUGAUUAUGGUGGAAAACGUCAACAUUGGUUUCCCAGUAAUCACGUUGAAGAAUUACAGGAAGCACAUAUAGAAAAAUCUGACAGUGGUUCUACAGAGUCUAUGUUUUUGGGAAAUUCACAGAAAGGAAGUUUAGACUUAACUGGUGCUUUAGUUGAGAUUGGCAAAUUAAAUCAAUUGAAACUUGAGUGGAUGAUCAAAAUACAAACUUCCAAUGCUUGUACCCCAUUUGUUGUAGGAGCAGUAUCACGCGAACAAGCAGAAGAAUGGAGAAAUCUCAUUAUUGAAACUGCUCACAAUGCCAGCGCAAGAGAAACAGAAAAUAAAAAAAUGGAAAGACAGUUGAAAAUUGCUAAAGAAAUAUCUGAUCUUAUUAUUUACUGUCGAUCAGUAGCUUUUUGUCUAGAAACACAACGAGAACGUGGAUUUGUACACAAUGAAAUGUCUUCUUUUCCUGAAAAUAAAGCGGAAAAACUUAUGUGUCAUCAAGAAAGUGUAUUUUUCUUUCGUUAUCAUCAAAUUCAAUUUAGUAGAGUGUUUCCUAAAGGUCAACGUAUUGACUCCUCUAAUUAUUCACCAAUAGCUAUUUGGAAUACAGGAUGUCAGAUGGCUGCUCUUAAUUACCAGUCACCAGAUAAAGCAAUGCAAUUAAACCAAGCCAAAUUUCGUUUGAAUGGUGGUUGUGGGUAUGUAUUAAAACCAGAUUACAUGUUAGAUGAAAGUGAUAAACUUUCAACUAAUUGGAUGGAAGAGACAUUAUCAAUAACAAUUUGCAUUAUUGCUGGUCGACAUGUUGGUAGACCAGGCCGUAAUGGAAUUUCUAAUCCAUUUGUUAUUGUUGAGGUGUAUGGAGCUGAAUACGAUUCAGGAUUAAAAUUAAAUACUCGCACAAUACCUGACAAUGGAUUUAAUCCAGUUUGGAAUGAAACAUCUGAAUUUGAAAUUGCAAAUCCUGCAGUUGCGUUUAUUAGGUUUGUCGUAAAUGAUGAAGAUAUGUUUGGUGAUUCCAAUUUCAUAGGACAAGGAACAUAUCCGAUAAUUUCAUUGAGGUCAGGUUAUAGAAGUAUUCCAUUAAAAAAUGGCUAUUCUGAAGAUAUUCCUUUGGCAUCUCUUUUAUUACAUAUUACAAUCAGAAGUAAUACUGUUAGUAAAACAAACAAUAAUUUUUUUUUAAAGUCUUUAAGCUAAUAAUUUUGAGUGUAAGUAAAUAAUUAUUAUUAAACUUUUUCAUUUAAAUGAAUAAUGAAAAUUAACUACCUUUUUCAUUGUAUACGAAAUAUUUUACAAUAUACAUUUAGCAAAUAAGAUACAGUUUUUUCAAUACUUUUUAAAAAAAUGUUACUAUUUUAAUAAGAAAAUAAUUGUUAAUUAAAAAAAAAAAUUUUAUUUUAAAUAAUUAAUUGCAUACAUAAAAUAUCAGUGCAAUUUAAAUUUGAUAUUUCAAAUAAAACAUUUAAUUACAAUUUUACAAAGAAAAUAUAUCAAUAUAAGGGGUAUUAUAUAGGCAAAUUUAUAAACUUUUAUUUAGAAUAAAAAGUUUUAAUUAAAAAUUGGCUUAAUAUAUUUUUAUGGACAGGUUAUGUAACUAACACUUGAUUUGUAUGUUAUCUUAAAAAUUUAUAUUUAUUGAUUAAAGCUGUAGUAUAAUUGAAAAUCAAUAAUUAUUUUUUUUUAUUAGACUGACUGAAGUCAAUCAGUGUUUUUAUAUUAUAUAAUAUAUAUAUUUAUAUUUUAUAAAGUAUCAAUUACAAUAUUUUUAAUUUUAAAUAAUUGCAAUAAAAAUAAAUGCACAUUGCACAUAUAUGACAAUUGAGAUAAAUCAAAUAGCAAAAUUGUUCCCCUUAAACAUUUCUAUGAUUUAUUACAGAUAAAAAUGAUAUUAUGUUUGUAUUCUUAAUUUAGCUAUUUCUGUUACUUGUUAGAUAUAAUUUCACAUAUAGUUACAAAAAUAUUAUUAACAAUUUAUUAAACAAAUCUUAGUGAAUUAAUUUUUACUCAAAUAUUUAAAAAAUAAUAUUAUUUUUUCAAAAUAUGAAAAUGCAAAAUUUAAGUAUAUUAUGUAUGUAAGUUAUAAACUUUUUUAGGAUCUAUUAAAAUCUGAGAAUUAUCUGAAUGAUAAAAUCAAACUACAAAAAUAUGAGAACUAUAAUCGGUGUUAGAUCUUACACAAGCUAUUUUAAAAUGGUACACUGUACAACCAUAAACUAUAUUAACUUUUUAAUUAUCUUUAUAAUUUUAUGUUUUGGUUUAUGUAUUGCUUCAUAGAGUAUAUUUUUUAAAUGACAUAGUUAAUUUAAGUUUAUACAAACAUUGUUUUUUAAUUUUUGGUAUUUUUAUAAAAGAUAAUAUUUUUAUUUUUAUGUUAUGUUAUGUUUAUAAAAUGUAUCAAGUUUAAUGGUUAUUAAUUAUUAUAAAUAUUAUUAUUAUCUGUUUGACAAAAAGUAUACCUUAAAUUUAUUUUAUAUUUGGCUUGAAUAUAUUAAGCCUAUUUCUUCCUAAAUUAUUUUUAAUGUAUACAAUUUUUGUUUUACAUUUAUACUAAAUGAUAAUCGUAUAAUACAUAGAAAUAUAAGUAUUUUAUUAAGUUUUUUUUUUAAAUAUAUUUAUUUAUAUGAAUAUGAUCAAAAUAAAUAAAGUAAAAAUAUUUUACCAA